GCAAUUAUAGAGGAGUUCCGCAACAAGCUGAAAUCACGAAAGCCAGGAGAUAUCUAUAGCCUAGGCAGAUUGUUCCGCAGACUCGACGACGACGGAGACCGGAAAUUGAAUAACGACGAGUUUGAGAAGCUCCUUCGAGAAAUCGGCAUUCGCAAUCAGCAGGUGUGCGCGCUACUUUUCCAGCGCUUUGACACUGACUUAUCCGGCACAGUUGACUAUGAUGAAUUCCUCAGGGCCAUUCGUGGCAAGAUGAGCAACCGUCGAAGAGAGGCAGCCGCGGCUGUUUUCGACCAUCUCGAUUCUAAUGGAGAUGGAUUGCUGACUUCAGAGGAUGUCAAUUGUGUCAACCCAUCGAAUCAUCCCGAUGUCAAAGCUGGCAUCAGGCGUCCAGAGGAUAUAUUCGCCGAAGUUAUGCAAGUUUUUGACGCUAAUGACGAUGGAAGAGUGUCCCUUGAAGAAUGGCUUGA